AUGAAGUCUUUCCUCAUUCUUCUUCCUGUGGCUGCCACAGUGGUGCAUGGAGCAAUGAAUGUGGACGGAACAAGGGUCGAGAGGCCUGUUUCCGAGGACGAUGCUUCAACUAUUGCCGACACACUCACUUACAUCCCGGAUCAACAUGACUGUCCUUUGCCAUGUCAUAUCGACUAUGCAAAUGUACACAAAUGGACUCCAUACCACUCGAUCGACCGCCUCGAGCGCUGCAAGUUACCGAUGCUUCUACACUUCUCUGUUCUCAAUCCCCUUGAUGAUCCUGAUACCGAUGUUCUAUUUCGGAGUUGCACACUUGGAGAAGAUCCGGCUGCUGCAGGUGAUAGAACUGUGAUCAAUGCCACUUCAAUACCAAUCGAUAACCCCAAGAAUGGGACCAAUCUGGUAGAAGUGAGCUUGAGGACUGCUCCUGCAUGCGCCAUUGAUGGCGACGAAACGGAUGGUGAACUUGCCAUUGGCACCGGCGGCAGUCGCGGAUCUAACCCUGGUUUUGCAAGUGUCCUUGACGGCAUGAAGACAUUCUUCGACACCAAGGAUAACUGCGACGAGGCCUUUUUGUUCGCGUACCUCAACCGUACAGUUGCCGGUGUGCACAUUGGUGCUGGUCUCGGCAAGCCAACCGUGGCAUCUGCUCUCGGGGCUGUCGCAAAACAUUUGGAAGAGGGCGAUUCGAUGGCGGAACUGUUCACAGCCGAAAUUUGUGGAGGUGGAAGAGGCCCUGAAACUGUUUUCGGUCUUUCCAUCAACACGAACGGCAGUCUGUCUGCCGCGCAAAAGACCACCAUAGCCUGGAGUCGCGGCAGUUGUGCCAUUGGCAACGGUCCUCUUGGCGGUUCCGGUCAGGCAACUCUCCGCGUGAAGGUCUUUGAUAUUGCCUCCACUCCUGUCUCAGCUGAGCGGAACGGAACCGCAAACAGUACUUCAAGGGUGGUACAUCCGCGUGCAUAUGGACAGAGGAGCAAUACACUCUGGCCAAGGUCAGGUUCGCUCGGCAAGCGCGACACCUGCAAGUACAUUCGCGUUGAGUCGGGUGAUGGCUGUGCAUCCCUCGCGGCCAAGUGCGGAAUUCGAGGAGCAGACUUUGUCAAGUACAACCCAAAGUCAGACCUCUGCUCUACCCUUCAACCUGGAGACUACGUCUGCUGCUCAGCAGGGGACCCGUACACUGAGCCCAAACCCGAGGCCCCUCAGCCGAACGCGGAUGGUUCUUGCGCCGUCCACUAUAUCCAGACCGGUGACACGUGUGCGGAAAUCGGCAAGACCUUCGGACUGACUGAGGAGCAAAUCGAGUCCUUCAACAAGGGCAAAACCUGGGGCUGGACCGAAUGCAAAAGUAUGCUCGCUGGCUACAACAUGUGUCUCAGCACUGGCAGGCCGCCGCUGCCACCACCACAACAAGGCACCGAAUGUGGACCGUUAGUUCCAGGUACGCAGCAAAGCGACACCUCCAUACCAAUGGCAGAACUCAACCCCUGUCCAUUGAAGGCUUGCUGCAGUAACUGGGGCUUCUGCGGUCCGUUUCCGGAACAUUGUGAUAUUCAUGCACCGGAAGGCGGAGGGCCUGGGACCAAACUCCCAGGCUUCAGGAGCACCUGCGUUUCCAAUUGCGGGAACGAGAUCAAGCAGAACUCAGGUCCACCAGCAAACUUCUCACGAAUCGGUUACUAUGAGUCGUGGAACUUGAACCGCAAGUGCCUUUGGCUAAAGGCAGGAAAUGCCAAUACCGACGGUAGCUACACGCAUAUCCACUGGGGUUUUGCAGAAAUCGACCCAUCAAAUUGGAAAGUCGUCAUCAAAGAUCCUCACAAUCAGUGGGAAGCUUUCAAAGGCCUGCCUAAGGUGAAGCGAAUUAUCUCUUUCGGUGGUUGGGCAUAUUCAACCGAAGCCGCUACCUAUAAUAUCAUUCGGCAAGCAAUCAUUGUCAACCGCGAGACAUUCGCUACCAAUAUAGCGCAGUUUCUGAAUGAGGAAAAGCUCGACGGCGUUGACAUAGACUGGGAAUACCCUGGUGCACCUGAUAUUACGGUUGAUGGGCAAGUCAUUGGCCAGAAGGGAGAUGGUGUCUCGUAUCUCAGGUUCUUGACGGUUCUCAAGAGCAAGGUGGGCGCCUCCAAGUCGGUGUCCAUCGCAGCUCCAGCUUCCUACUGGUACUUGAAAGCCUUCCCUAUCGAUAGGAUUGCAGCUGUCAUUGAUUAUAUCGUGUACAUGACAUAUGAUCUCCACGGUCAGUGGGAUUAUGGAAACCCGAAUGCGUUUGACUCUUGUCCGUCAGGGAAAUGCAUCAGAAGUCACGUUAACCUUACGGAGACACGAAACACUCUUUCUAUAAUUACCAAAGCCGGAGUGGCGAACAACAAGAUCUUCGUCGGAGAGUCCAGCUAUGGCAGGUCCUUCCACAUGGCAGUAGACGGAUGCUGGGGCCCAAUGUGCGACUUUACUGGCACUCGUUUGCAGUCAGACGCGAACCCUGGGAGAUGCACAGACACGCGCGGCUACAUCUCCAAUGCUGAGAUCAACGAGAUCAUUAGAGGCGGAAGUGGCCAGCAACUCCAUGAUGGCGACUCGAACACCGAUGUGUUAUUGUACCAAGGUGACUACAUCAGUUACAUGACACCAACCACCAAAGAUACCAGGCGAUCCGACUGGAAAAGUCUCAAUUUUGCAGGCACAAUUGACUGGGCUGUUGACUUGCAGUCGUUUGGAAAAGAUGAUUUUGAUGUGCCUAUUGACACUCCCUCCGAGGGGUCCGAGGGAUGUGUAUCAGGGGAAAGCGAUGAUUUGAAUGCGGAUGAUCUGUGCGCAUUCGCCUGUGCCUAUGGAUUUUGUCCGCAGAACACUUGUCGGUGCCUAGUGACAGGGCGAGCGAUAGCACUCCCUCCGGUAAUGUCGACAGCCGACUUCGUGGCCUGGGAUGAGCAGGAUGUCGAUCUCCAGCGUCUUUGCAAGUUUGCCUGCAAAUAUGGGUUCUGUCCCCCAGACACCUGCGGAACCCCGGUGGUUGACGAAUGGGAAGAUGGGUCUGUCGAUUCGAAUCAGCCCUCGGGCGGGCUGUGGGACAAAGAGAAGAACUACAACGAAAACAGGUUGCAUUGCUUCAUCUUCAAAGACGGCAGUAAACGGGACAUCAGCACGGAGAUGUGCUAUGCCAAUGCGUGCAAACAAGUCGUGGACGAGGCCACGGCUGAAGGGCGAACCACAAACUACGGGUGCGUGGGCCACUUUCCGCUGGAUCAACCGAUCCCGUGGCUCCCAUACCCUGGCAACAACAAACCCGGGUGGGAGUACGCCGUCGGGCGGUGUUCAUGUGACAAUGGGCUUGUCAACUGGUUUGCCGACACAAUUAUCGAUGCCCUGCCUAUCAUUGCCCAGAUUGGAUGUUACAUCGUCAUGUCCGCGUUCAAGCUCGUGCUGGAUGUCGGCCUGUCCGCCAUUCCCGGAGUGGGCAAGAUUCUAGAUGCUGGCCUAGAUGCCGUCACCACCGCAGCGCAAGUGGUCUCGUACGCCUAUCCGUCAGAUCAAGACCCAGUCGGAGCAUUCGAAUGGUGGCUUAGCCCAUGUGGAGGGAGCGACAUUGUACCCGAGGAUAUCAAGAGAGUAUUCGGCAUCCUAAGCAAUGUUGCCGAUGGGGUGUCGAGUUUCAGACAGCCGAAGAAUCUGAAGAAGGGCAGUGGCAAAAAGGGGGACGCUGCCAACCCAACAGAUCGCUCCAAGCCAAAAGCCGGCACAGGGAGCGGACCCAACGGAACUGGAAACAAUGGCGUGACCAAGAAGAGAAAGUGCAAUGUUCCUGCGGGCAAGUCAAGUAUCAUCAUGGGUGCCGCGAAAAAUACCCUUCGCCUACAGUCCUGUGUUGCGGCUGGUGGGGGAGCAAGCACGACGACGAAAAACGACCUCGUAAUCACCUCGCUAGAGUUCGGGCCACAACCGACCACCAUAUCCAAGGUCUGCAGCCAACAGUACUCGCAGGCUUGCUACCACUACAGCUCCGCCAUUGCGCAGAACCCAUCCUGGGCAGUCCUGAAGUGUCCUCAUGGGGGUGUCAAGAACCUGGCAGUCAAGCGCCCGGGGCCGCAGACAUGGUACGACCAGCACCACCCGUCUUGGCGAAAUGACAAUUGCGAUGUCGACGAGUAUCCCCCGCGCUAUCUUCUAGCUGACACCGACCCGGAGAUUGUCAAUGCUGGCAAGCCAGGGGGUCAACUGAUGCGCUUCCUUCCAAACAAGGAGAACCAAGGCGCUGGUCGGAUGUGGAAGGGGGCAUGCUUCUCGCCACAUAUUGAGGGCCUGACUCCUGCGCAGUUCAUGCAGAAGUGGAGGACGAUUCCGGCUCCCAAGAUUAGAUCGACCGUGCAAAACGGUGUCGUCCGAGAGACUGCCCCAGUCUCGGUGGGUGUGACGCCAUACUUUCGCAUCUCUUUGUUUGAGCACGCCUCGAACCCACCGGUUGACGCAGGCAUGUGGGAUAACAGGUGCUGGCCCAAGCAGAAGGCUGCCAACGAUCCCGGAUUUGCUCUAUGGCACUGGGACGCUUGGUACAACGGGCAGCCAGGCCACGCGCAUUUGUAUGAUUUCACGAGGGCGUACGAUCCGCAAAAUGGCAACGGCUCCUGA